UAAUGCAGCGCGAGUGAAUACCACCACUACACCACGAUGGAGGCGUAAAAAAUAGAAAGAAAAGAAUUUGCCGCCGGCCCUUUCAAGAUCUUGGUUGAGUUCCCUGUCUAUAUAAAUUGACUGACUGAAGAACGUCAAGUGCAAGGAAUGGAAAUCCAAGGACAGGAUGAUGAUGAUGAUGAUUAUUAUUGUGGUUCCGAAACCUUUGUGUUGAGAGAGGGGGGAUCCAAGGAAGUGCUCGGCAGAGGCGGAUUUGGCUCGUCUGACCCCAACGACCGCUUCGUCUCUCGUCGCCACGUUUCUCUCCAACUCCAACUCCAACCAGAAGAAGAUGACACAAGUCCCUCGCUGCUUGUGGUCCGAUUCGAAGUCAUUGGAAGAAAUCCCAUCUGGGUAUUUGACCAUUCCACAGAAGAAAUUCAGACUUUCAGGAGAUCCGAGAAAGGUAAACUCGAGGCCGGCGACAAGUUCUGUCUGUCGUCGAAUCGGCCGGUGUGGUUAGGGCUGAAAAGAAUCAAGCUCGAUGAAAAGACGAAGAGCGCGGUGACAAAUGAGAAUGAUCUGUCUAGACAGAGAUUACAUCUGGGAGGAUUUGGACACAAGGGUGUUGAUGAUUUGGAGUUGGAGUCUAUCGAUAUAUCUGAAAUUGAUCCCGUCAAAGAGUUCGGAUUCCUUGUUCUGGGGCAUGAAUUUGAUAAAUUCCCACAGAAAAUGGUAUGCGGAGGCAAUAAUUGGAACUGGUUUCUUGAGGAACCCAAGGGAAAAAGCGAAGAUGAUGAAAGUUCAUCCUAUCAGAAAAGAAAGAAGAAGGGUGUGAGGUCUACUAGGAAGAAGAGGGAUGAUGACGAUGAUGAUGAUGAUGAAUGGAAGGGUGAGAGCGAUGAAGAAGACGACCAGGCGAUCAUGAAAUUGAGAAAGGUGGUGGGGGGAGCUAAAUAUUCAACAAGAUCAAUGGGUGGUGGCAACUCAAGUAAAAACAACAAACACCACGAGGUGCGGACAGUCCAUGUAAAUGAAGACGACGAAGAAGACGAGACCCUGGGAGGUUUUAUAGUUACUGAUGAUGAUGAUGAGGAGGAGGAGGUGGUGGUGGAGGAUGAAGAAGAAGAAGAAGAAUUUCACUAGGAAAUGAUGAUGGAUCGUGUGUUGUAUAAAUAAUAUAUUAAAUCCAGCAGCCUCAUCAGAGUCCUUUGAGAAUAUGUUAGUGUGUAUUGGUAUUAUAAACAACAGGUCUAGGUUUUGAAUUCCAUCCAGUCAGUCAUGUCAUGUGGAGUUGUGCUCUAUUGUUAAUCUGUUUCCUUGGAGGCAAACAGGUUUACUC